GAGGAAGGGACCGGCCGGGACGGGACAGGCGGGUGCGGGGCCAUGAACGGCUCGGCGAACCCGCUGCUGGACAAGGAGGACCACCCGCUGCAGCUGGGCGAGAGCUUCGAGCGGCGGCCCAAGGCCUCCUUCCACACCAUCCGCUAUGACUUUAAGCCGGCAUCGAUUGAUACGUCUUGUGAAGGGGAGAUCCAAGUGGGUAAAGGAGAUGAUGUAACAAUCACUUUGCCGCAUAUUCCGGGUUCAACUCCUCCAAUGACUGUUUUUAGAGGAAAUAAAAGGCCGUAUCAGAAGGACUGUGUGCUUAUUAUUAAUCAUGACACUGGGGAGUAUGUUCUGGAAAAACUCAGUAGCAACAUUCAAGUCAAGAAAACAAGAGCAGAGGGCAGCAGUAAGAUCCAAGCCCGAAUAGAACAACAGUCUGCCCGAGCAUCUCAACCUCCUCCACAGUUCAGAGCCCCAACCAAGCCAGCAACUGGACCUAAAACUUCUCCUUUGAAAGAUAAUCCUUCACCUGAGCCUCAACUGGAUGACAUUAAGAGAGAGCUGAGAGCGGAGGUUGAAAUUAUUGAGCAGAUGAGUAGCAGCAGUGGAAGCAGCUCAUCGAACUCAGAAAGCUCAUCUGGAAGUGAAGAUGAAAGCUCCAGCAGUGAGGGGGAAGAGCUAGCACAUGUUUCCCCUUCCCAGCCACCUCACCAGCAGUAUAACAAUAGGAAUGCUGUUGCUAACGGCACCAGCAGGCCACAAGGAAGCAAUCAGCUCAUGAACACGCUGCGAAAUGACUUGCAGUUGAGUGAAUCUGGGAGUGACAGUGAUGACUAGAGGCUGAGAUUUUUCUUGCUUCUCUUACAUAUACAUGAAGAACUAAUUUCCCUUGAAGUGAUCAUAUCGCUUACAAAGAGGAUCUGGCACAGGAAUACUUCCAUGUGUGGAAUUUUAAUAGAAGGAAUGUGCAACUCUGUAAAAUAUCAGAUGUUGAGGGCUGUUUUACUUUGCAAAUUGAGUGUAUAUUUUGUGUAUAUUCUUAUUCUUUAAAAGCUUUACAUAGGUAUGUACAGUGGGUAAGGCAGUAUAUGCCCCUAUGUUUUUAUCUGUUCGUUAUUUGUAAGCCUAACAUGUAACUUCAUCAUGUCAUCUGAAAAUUUCUUGUUUGUAGGAGAUAUUCAGUCCAUAGUGGAAGAUAUUCAGCCCAUUGCGUCUUUGUUGGGGGGCUUUUGUAAUAUAAGGGUGAGCAUGAGCCAACGGUGAGUUUAAAAAAACCAACCAUGCAGAACCUAGAGUGUGCACUGAAGUGGGACUGUUAAAAAUUAAGCUUCAACACUAAGUUGAUUCAUUUGAUUUGGGACUUUUCUAAUGUGUUUUUAUUGCUAUUUAUGAUUGAUUUAAUGGACAUACUUUUCAAUAGUUGGAAAGGAGAAAUCAUAAAACCAUGUUUGUCACAAACCUUGCUGCACCAGUGCCUUAUAAGCAGGUCUUUAAAUGGAGCUUCCUGCCACCUCUCAUACAGGGGGCAAUACUGAAACCUCUUCAGAUUGCUUUUACAAAGAGCUAUAUUUCACAUACAAGUCAGCUGUGCUCUGCGGGCAGUUACUCUAGCAAGAUAUAGGAUAUACGUCAGUCACCUGAGCACAUCCAAGUAAGAACCGGGUCAGCAUUUUCUCAUGCAACUGAAGCAUCUAAUUUAAUUCAGACAUUCAGUCCUAGAAAUUUAUAGGAGCACGGUUGCCAAUGAAAUUGCAGUGUCACAAAUAGGAGACGGUGCACUUGCUGAAACGGUAAGACCCAGAGCCUUGUCUGCAGUUUCCUAAAGGAUGCAGAAAGAGGAGAUGACAAAGCAACUGUGAAACAGCACAAGUCUCUGUCCCACCACAGCUGUCCAGGUAGACUUUAGUCCAUACUAUUUGUUGGGUGGGAUCUCCGUGCUUGGCAGAAUUACACAGAACAAGAAAUGUUUGCUUACCAUGAAAUUCACCCCUGUUUAAGGGGGUUUAAAGGGUGCUCAGCUGGAUUAUCAUUAACUUUUUGCUCCGAUGGAAAUGAGUUCCAGGGCAGCCUCUUAACCUUGAGCACAAGGCGAACUUUUUAAACCCCAGGUUCAAAUGAUACAGGCUGGGCGACACUGCAGUUGCGGUGUAAUCCAGUUGGAACUUAAACUGGAUUGGAUGCCUCUCCAUUCUUAAAUGUCUGCUUUGCACUGCUUUCGUCUGAUAGUUUGUGUUGUAACUCCUGUUUGUUUACCGAGCUCUUUCCUUUUUUUUUAAGGCAUCGAAGAGCAGGGUGUCAUUGGAAGGGAGAUUUUAUUAAAUGGUUUAUUUUUUUGCAUUCGAUACAUAUUUAGGCAUAUUUUUGCAUUAUUGUAUAUAAUGUUUAAAAAUAAUUGUGUUUUUUUUUUUUAAAGUGUUUUAUGAUGUGGGUACAUAUUUUAACAUGCAAUUAUGAAAUAUACUUGAUGUGAAGCCACAGCUGAUGUGAUUCGUUUGGUGGUUUGUUUUUUUUUCCUCCUAUUCUUCUUCUGUGAGUAAAUGUGCUCUGCUCUAGCAAGCUUCUGCCAGUCUGAGCUUUGACGUUUGUGAGGGAGACCUGCAUGCUAGUUGGCAGCGUAAUCAGUGCUAAUUCUGCUCCUGACUUCCCAGCUUAAGACUUGGAUGAGCAGGGAGGCGUUUCUGUUACCAUUUCCCCAUUACUGGCACUUACUGCUGAGUUCCGUUGGUGUUAUUGCUUGUGCUUAAAUGGAAAAGCAGCAGUGUGACGUUUUUCAUUGCCUCAUUCAUUGGCUGCGCAUACACUCUAAAAUCCAGGGCACGUCAUAGGAAGUUUACUAAUUAUAUAUGAAUGAAAUUCGUGGAACUUAAGAGGAUAAGACAACAGCGGGCUGCACUGAUUUGAAUCACCACUUUAACUGUGGUUUAAAUCAGCAAGCAGGAAAGCUUCAUUCGCACAGUUUCUGCCUUGCUUUGUGUUUGCACUCAAGGUCAUGGUUUACUGUUACCCCCCAUUUCCUCCCCUCCAACCACGGCAGCAUAUUUCCACACAGAUGGCUAUCACUGCUACGUUUCAGCCACCCUUUGUGUCCCCUGGAGGUGUGUUGUGUCGGGAUGGCCCACUUGCAGCUUGUGAGCAUUUCAGCCAUGCGUCGCGUGCCCAGACUGUGGCAAACGGCUUCCCGUUGGGCUAGUGAGAAACAUGGUGGCCUGCAGCUUGGUCAUGCAUGUAAGCCAGUCCCUGCAUGUGCGGGACCAGCCUGUCCCCUCCUUCCCACUGUCACAAAUGGCUCCGGGCAUCUCCUCCCUGAGAAGCUGUCUGGAGUCUCUACCCUGCCCACAGGUACAUGGUGUGUUUGAUGGAGGUCAGCCCUGUGCAAACAUUGGUGGGCAGCUUGUAGGGCAGAAAAGCCAGCUGUCCCCUCAUUAUGUGUCCUUUAAUGAACGUCAGCGUGUUUGUUAAAGCUAUUGCCAGCCUGAUGUUUUGACUGGGGCUCCCAAAGUUUGAUGCCUUGUAUGCUGAGGAACUGUAAAUGUCACUUAAUGUGUUGUUGGUGAUUUGCAGCAAGUUCUAUUCAGAUGGAAAUGGGAAUUGAAAUAACUUGCAGAAAAGCAGUUAUUCAGAAUGCUUUUAGUUAAUUGACUGGGGGUAUCUUUAACAUGCCAGAGAUAUAAAUCAGCUAAAAUAUGUUUUGAUAAAACCUCUUAAUGGAGCAAAGUGUUCCCGAUGGUUCUAUCUUAGCACUAGCAGGUCUUAGCACCUUAGGCUAAUUUUUUACUCAUAAACACUUUUAUAUGACAAUUAGUUUCGAUGUGAAUAAACAAUGCAUAUGGAAUGCAAUUAUCAGAAUGAAUUGGAGCAAAGUAAAUACUUCUUCACGUUCAUGGGAGAGCUGCCCACUGGCUUUGGUGAGGUCAGCAUAGUUUCUAAUGGUUUCUUCUGUUCAUGGUCUUCCUCCAGUGCAGUGCUUUGACUUGCCUUAAGACUUUGCCAGCAAAUAGGGCCUACUUGUGACUUUUCCCUUAAUUGGAAUUGCUUUAGUACUGAUAGUCAAUAAUGAUUUAAAUUGUCACUUAAUGACAAUCUCAUUGAAUCAAUACAGUUACUAUUUUAUUUAUUUAAUGUAAAUAUGAAAGAUUGGCUUGUUGAGAAGAACUAAUAGGGGAAUCGUAGUAUUCCUGAGCGUUGCUCAGAGUAACCCAAAGGGGUGAUACUCCAAUUUCGAGACAUUUUGCCUAAACUGAUUUUCACAAUUUGCAUUUUUACAGACUGACCAUAUGUCUGCUUGUGGUUAUGUAUAAAAUUAGUUUGCUGGGCAAAGCAUUAUAGUCUUCUUUCCUCCUUCAAAGUCUACUUACAUGAAUAAAAACAAAGUUCGACAAUC